AUGGCUGCUAGUUUACUCCAAGCGAAGGAAAAGCGCAAGUUGUCCGAGCUUGAGGACAUAACUAACAGUAACACAUACAGGAACAAGAAACUGCGGUCAAGGUUGAAGGCGAAUUUUAGUUUUAGGGACAAGAAUGAACUGGCAAUGCCCACGGGCACUACCGGUUCCGCGCUAGACGAGGAUGAACCACAGCAGCAGCGCUCACCAUCUCCUUCAGAUGUUUCGUCCGUCAACACAUCGUCAUCGCCCGUAAGAGCGUCGAAGCCAAGAAGCAAGAGCGUUACGUUCGCCAACGAGACUAGGGACAUUCGCAGAACAGACCACAAGACGUACGAAGAGUCUCCCUUGUUGACACCCAAGGAAGAAGAGGACGACUACGAGGAAACCAAGCCGAAGUCGUUACCUUCUCCAGAUGCUCACACUCACACGGAUUCUGGGCAUCACCACCCAGAAGAUUUGGACCAUAAUACCGACUAUAUCACCUUAGCGCUGACACUUCGGUUGCUCUACUCAUCGAAAAACGAAAUUAGUAAUCAGAUUAUUCACCUUUCCAAACUAUUGGACUUCCAUAGCAAUACUUCAAAUAAGGAGGAUGUGAUCGAAUUCGUGUUGAAAUUGAUCAAUAACGAGUUGAAUUUGCCCAAGCAGGCGAAAAUUAUAAGGACUCCGCAAAUCGAGUGGUCCAAGUACCACCAGGGCUUUGGUGAUCUCUCUGGACAGUGCUUGAACGAUGAAGAUAGAGAGUGCAUGUACAAGAGUUUGAAGAUGUUUGAAAAGUAA